GUGAAAACACGACCUGUGGGCUUCAAAGCUGAAGCAGUUGAUGAAGAAGGAGUUUGGUGUGCGUGCAUUGUUGAAGAAGUAGACAAUGAUUACGUGAUCAUUUCCUCUGAUGGCUGGAAUGCAGAGUGGAAUUGCCGCAUCUGUGAUCCACGAGAGAUAAGGGAUUGAACAUUGCCUGAUUGGAAAAUAAAGUGAAGAACCUUUUCCCUUCAGUGAACGAUGUCUCCGCUUUAAGAAGACUGACUUUACUUUUAAAUAUCACCCAAACUUAUGUAAAACAAAAAGCAAAAAUUACGGUUCGCUUCAAUUUC